AUGGCACUCAUCAACCGCAUAGCCUCGCAUGUUAUCGAAGAAUUAGACAGCAAGAUAGCCUUUGCAGAACACAUUAAGACAAUUAAAAAGAGCCUUGAGAAUACACAAGACAAAUUCCUCGACGGAAUAUGCGACGAUGACCAUGAUGACGUUAUACCUGCCUAUGAAGAGCUUGAACAUUCUCAAGAUGAGAUAUUGAAUCUCAUAGAAAAGAUAGAAUUCGCCAUGUUUGAAACAAUAGCCGCUCUCCAUGACCUUUUCACCGACAACAAUGUUGAUUCCAGUGUUAAAACUGAGAUAUCUGACGCCGCCAAGCGCCAUCAAGCCUACCUAAACAAAUGUGACAAGGAAUAUGUUGAGACCCAUGGAAGUUACAGGUGGGAGGAUGUUCAUGUUUGCAAUUACACAGCUGGAACAGAGGAGGAAAACCGAGCCGACGCAGAGCAGUUGCCUCAGAGAGAGCCUUAG